GUGUGAUGACGUCACUACACGAAGGACAGGAAGGAGUCAGUCGAACAGGCAUACAACACUCGCCGAAACGCCGAACAUGUCUAAAAAACCUAAAACAUGUCUCAUGGCGAGGAAUUUAAGACAAUUGGCAAUUUCUAACUGAUUUCUGUUCCAUUUCACUUACGUUUGUCAAGCCCUAAUUGGUCAAAAAUAGCGCUGGCCAAGCAACACCAAGAUUUUCUCAGAUGUGAUUUCUGGCAUGAGAGGCGAAGGGUUGAGGACCAGAAUGCAAACCUGUGGUAACAUCAGUCAUCGAGUGAAACAAAAUGUUUCUAACUUGGAUGAUAUUCAACGGUGGAUGGAAGUAGCUUUUGAUAUGGCUUCGGAGGCUUUGGAAAACGGAGAGGUACCAGUUGGCUGUCUCAUGGUAUACAGAAAUGAGGUUAUUGGCAAAGGAAGAAAUGAAGUGAAUGACACCAAAAAUGCCACUCGACAUGCAGAGAUGGUGGCCUUCGAUCAGGUGAUGGAGUGGUGUCGUUCUAGAGAUCUUGAUCUCAAAGAUGUCUGUGCACAGACCACACUUUAUGUGACUGUGGAGCCCUGCAUUAUGUGUUCAGCUGCUUUGCGCUUAGUGAACAUCCCUCUGAUUGUGUACGGCUGUGGGAACGAAAGGUUCGGUGGCUGUGGUUCUGUUCUCAAUAUCGCCUCAGAUGAUGACCUGCUCACUGGCUCAUCUUUGAAGUGCAUUUCUGGCUAUCGAGCGGAGGAGGCGGUUGACGUGCUCAAAAGGUUUUACAAGCAAGAGAAUCCAAACGCUCCAAAGUGUAAAGUGAGGAAAGCCUAGCCAUGAUGCAGGUUGUGGGAGGCUUGUGGGCUGUGGUUAUCUAUAGGUGGAGCCAAAGUACAAUGAGUGGACAUUUUUGAAGACCAGUGGUUUCAACAUCCUCAACAGUAACAGGAGAAAAGUAUCUUGUUGAUGCAUGUCCAUGAUACUAUAAUACCACCUAUAAAGUUUGAUCUAAAUCAUCCUGUUUACUGCUGUUGGAAAAAGUGCUACAUUAGCCACCAAUGAUUAGUAGGCUAUAGGCCAGUCGUUGCUUGCGACCAUCUAUGUGGCUGCUACUGUACUGUAAUGUACUGUAACUGUACUGUACUGUACUGUACUGUAAUGGGGAUUUUUAAUGACCAUAUAAUAAUGUUCUAAUUUUGUUAAUAAACUCUAAAAUAUUA